AAAGCCUUGUGGGACUCACUCGGUCACUGCCUCAGAGUUUGUUUUCAUAAGAUGCUUACAGCUCAACCAAGAUCCACUGGCAACUCAGACCUCUCCGCUGCCGCCGGGCUCACGGCGGCGAUUAGCGGCGCCGGGACCAAUGGAAGGUUGAGCAGAGCAACCCAGGUUCCGGUUUUCCAAACCCGGGUCGGAAAAAAUCGUGGGUCGGUAAGAGCAGUGAUCAGUGGUGGAGACAACAAAACUGUGGUGGAGACCUCCAAGGACUACAAUGGGUCGGUGUUGUCUUCUUCAAGUCGUGGUGGGGUUAGAGAUGUUAAGGCAGUGAUUACUAUCAGGAAGAAGAUGAAAGAGAAGAUCAGUGACAAGAUUGAAGAUCAGUGGGAGGGUUUUAUUAAUGGGAUUGGUCAGGGCAUCUUGAUUCAGCUCAUCAGUGAAGAGAUUGAUCCUGUGACCAACUCUGGAAAGUGCAUAGAAUCUUAUGUCCGGGGCUGGUUGCCAAAGCCAUCAAGCCAUCCUCGCAUAAUCGAAUACGCUGCUAACUUCAAAGUGCCACAUGACUUUGGAUGUCCUGGUGCUAUUUACAUUACCAAUUUUCACAGCAAGGAGUUCCACUUGAUGGAGAUUGUCGUUCACGGUUUUAACGAAGGCCCUGUAUUUUUCCCUGCUGAUACAUGGAUUCAUUCACGGAAAGAUAAUCCCCAAAGCCGUAUUAUCUUCAAAAAUCAGGCAUAUUUACCAUCACAAACACCACCUGGCAUUAAAGAUCUUCGACAUGAAGACUUGCGCUGUAUUCGGGGCAACGGGAAAGGUGAGAGAAAGCUGCAUGAUAGAAUUUACGAUUAUGCCACUUACAAUGAUUUGGGUAAACCCGAAAAGUCUGAGGAUUUAGCUAGGCCAGUCCUAAGUGGUGAGAAGUGGCCUUAUCCCAGGCGCUGUCGAACUGGACGACCUCCAACUAAGAAAGAUCCAAAUUCUGAGAGUAGAAUUGAAAAGCCCCAUCCCGUGUAUGUUCCCCGAGAUGAAGCUUUUGAGGAGAUUAAACAGAACACUUUCACAGCUGGAAGAUUGAAAGCUCUGUUACACAAUCUGUUACCACUUAUUGCUUCUACAUUGUCAAGUUCGGAUAUCCCCUUCAAUUGCUUUUCAGAUAUAGAUAAGUUAUAUAAUGACGGUAUUGUUUUGAAAGAUGAUGAUCAAAAAGAAGUAAAUGAGAAGCAGUUUCUUGGCAAGUUGAUGGAACGGGUACUGACUGCGGGGCAAAAGUUGAAGUACGACAUACCAGACAUAAUUAAAAGGGAUAGAUUUGCAUGGCUGCGUGACAAUGAGUUUUCACGCCAGGCGUUGGCAGGGGUCAACCCAGUAAACAUUGAACUCUUGAGGGAGUUUCCGAUUCUCAGCAAACUAGAUCCUGCAGUUUAUGGUCCACCGGAGUCUGCAAUAACGAAAGAUUUGAUAGAACAGGAACUGAAUGGAAUGAGUGUCAAAGAGGCUAUUGAGAACAAGAGGUUGUUUAUACUCGACUACCAUGACAUGCUUUUACCAUUUAUCGAGAAGAUGAACUCCUUGCCGGGGAGAAAAGCUUAUGCCUCUAGGACAGUUUUCUUCUACAACCGUGCUGGUUUUUUAAAGCCGAUUGCUAUAGAGCUUUCACUUCCUCUGACACCUUCUUCAUCAAUGAACAAGCGCAUUUACACUCAUGGACAUGAUGCUACGACUCAUUGGAUUUGGAAGCUAGCCAAAGCUCAUGUUUGUUCCAAUGAUGCUGGUGUUCAUCAACUAGUCAACCACUGGUUGAGGACUCAUGCAUGCAUGGAACCUUACAUAAUUGCUACUCAUAGGCAUCUAAGCUCGAUGCACCCCAUUUACAAGCUGCUCCAUCCUCAUAUGCGCUAUACAUUAGAAAUCAAUGCACUUGCGAGGCAGAGUUUGAUAAAUGGAGGGGGAAUAAUCGAGGCUUGUUUUAGUCCCGGAAAGUAUUCCAUGGAAAUAAGCUCUGCAGCCUACAAGAGUAUGUGGCGAUUUGAUAUGGAGGCACUGCCGGCAGAUUUAAUCCGGAGGGGUAUGGCUGUUGAGGAUCCUUCAAUGCCCCAUGGCUUGAAACUUGUGAUCGAGGACUACCCUUAUGCAGCCGAUGGAAUCCUCAUAUGGUCCGCUAUAGAAGAAUUGGUGAAAUCCUAUGUUGAACACUUCUAUUCUGAGCCCAAUUCGAUAACAUCUGACAUUGAACUCCAAUCGUGGUGGAACGAGAUAAAAAACAAGGGUCACCACGAUAAAAGAAACGAGCCUUGGUGGCCUAAACUCAACACGAAAGAGGACUUAUCUGGCAUCCUAACCACAAUGAUUUGGAUUGCUUCAGGUCAGCACGCUGCAAUAAACUUCGGGCAGUACCCCUUUGGAGGGUAUGUUCCUAAUCGACCAACCCUUAUGCGAAAACUCAUUCCUUGUGAAGAUGAUCAUGAUUUCGAGAAGUUCAUUCAUAACCCUCAACAUACUUUCCUCUCAUCUUUGCCGACUCAACUUCAAGCUACUAAAGUAAUGGCCGUUCAAGACACUUUGUCAACUCACUCUCCAGAUGAGGAGUACUUGGGUCAGAUUCACCAUCUUCAGAGCCACUGCAUCAAGGAUCACGAAGUUUUGAAAUUGUUUGAGAAAUUCGCCAACAGAUUAGAGGAGAUAGAGAAGGUUAUACAUGGAAGAAAUAAGGAUGCUCGGCUUCACAACCGAAGUGGUGCUGGUAUUCCUCCAUAUGAAUUGCUUCUUCCCUCAUCAGGUCCGGGGGUGACCGGUCGUGGUGUUCCUAACAGCAUCUCUAUCUGAAAGAAGCCUCUAAUUUGUUGUCAACUCUUUUUUUUUUUUGUGUGUUGGAAGCUGUUGUAGAUUUUGUUGUUGGCAUGGAGUUCUUGAGAGUGAUUGUAAUGGCUACCAUGAGCUCUAUAGUCUGAAUGAACAAGUUGUAUGUAAACAAACAUGGAUGUUAGUGAAUUUGUGAAUCAUUAUGACUAGUAGGUUUGAACUCA